GGGAAAAACAGCUGUUAGCUAUUUAGAGAGGAAAGAAGGAGGGUGUCUCCGUUGGCGGCUUGCUCAAAAAAUAAGAGGCAGAAAAACGCGUUGACAGGAUGGACUCGGUUCGUAGUGGAAACAUUUGUAGGCGCUUCAUAAAUGGCUCUUGCAGAUUUGGCCGACGAUGCAAGUACAGACAUGAGUUCACCCCUAUACCUGCAUCCCAGAUUUGUCGGUACUUUCAGAAAGGUGGCUGCUGGUAUGGUGAACGGUGCAGGUUCUUUCAUGUCCUUCUGCCUCAAGUUGGACCAGUGUUUCCAGGUAGAAGGGGUUCAGUGCCUGUAGCCUCCCCCUCCGGUAUGCCCCACUACUCUGAAAGAAGAGGGUCAGAACCAACUCUUUGGCGCGUUAAUCUCCCAUCCAGGCAGAGAUGCAGUGGAUCACAGUCGGCAAUUUAUCCCUUCAAUCUUCAGCAAGAAACUGGGCAUCUGCCAGAAUAUGUUUUGGAGGAGCUGUCACAAGAAAAUUAUUUGGAGUCGGCCCCAAGUUCAGAUAUUGCUCAAGCAAGUGCAUGGGAGGGAAGAUAUGAGAGAGCCUCUAAAUCUGAGACGCAUGAAGAUGGAGCUUCAGCAGCUUACAAUGAAAAAAGUGAAGAAACUUUGGCUUUCCUGCAGAGCAAAAAUGUGGUCUGUGGGAUCUGUAUGGACAAAGUCUAUGAAAAGGAGAAUCAGAGAGACCGGGUCUUUGGGAUUUUGCCAAACUGCAAUCAUCCCUUCUGUUUAGACUGCAUCGCGACCUGGAGGAAAACAAAAGACAUCGGACUUGACGUCGUAAGGGCUUGUCCUCAGUGUCGAGUCAGGUCUGCUUUUUAUGUGCCAAAUAAAUACUGGGUGGAAGGUCAAGAGAAGGAAAAUGUAAUUAGUGCUUUCAAGAAAAAAUUUGGUAAGAAGAGAUGCUGCUUCUAUGACAGAUAUGGAUGCUGUCCCUUCAAAAAGGAGUGUCUCUAUCGGCAUGUGGCAGAUUCUAACAGUCCAGUGUUUUCAUACCUCUCGGAGGAAGAGGAUGACAGUUUUACUGAUCUGCUUGGUUUUUUCAUAAGCAUGAGCCUUCUUGGUGGUGAAGAAGCGGAUGAAGAACUUCUCUUUUGCCUAACUGAAGAUUACGGGUUUUAAGCAUUAUGUUUUUCUUGGUAGUCUAAAAUACAGAGUCAAUCCACCUUUGA